AUGGUUGAAAAUAUAAAUAAUAAUAGUAAACCAUGGUCAAGAUCAUAUCUUACUCUUACAAGUUGGGAUAAGAUUGCACCGUUUGAGACAAUCAAUCCAUAUGAUUUAGAAGCAGGUACCAUUGUUCAUAGGGAGCCGCUAUUUCCCAUUGACCAUAAUAUCAACUCAAAGAUGGUGUUUUGGAUUGGUGAGGUGUGGCGUCUCGAUGUCGGCUCCAUCGUAUACUCAAAUAAUACCACCGUAAAGAGUCAGAGUGAUUACCAAUCUGGAUUGGCUCACCACAUAUUUCUGCACGGUGGUCGUGACAUGGUGAAUGAAGUGAAGCAAGCUGGCGAGUGCAGAAUCGGUGAGGCAAUCCAGACGACCGCUGGCCAACUGCCUUGCAACUAUGUGAUCCAUACAUUCGUUCCAACCUAUAAUCCACGAUACUUGUCGGCCGCUGAGAACGCGCUGAACUCGUGCUAUCGUUCUGCACUCGGACUGGCCAGCGAGUGCAACAGUCGAACGAUUGCAUUCUCGUGCUUGCACGCCAACAGCAAAAAAUUCCCACCCGAACUCGGAUGUCAUGUGGCGCUGCGUACACUUCGUCGUCACCUGGAGAAGCACUCCAGUCAGUUGGCAACGGUUGUUCUGUGUCUGGAGAACGAGGCCGAUAUUGAGAAUUACAAACGUUGGAUGCCACUUUACUUCCCGCGUAACGAGAGUGAGCUGCAACUCGGACAGAUUCACCUCCCAGAGGAUUGCGGAAAUAUGUUUGGUGAGAAGGAGUCUGAGGAGCGAAAGAUUAGAAUCGACAGUUUAAAUUCACAGAUUUUCAGAAACUUUGACGAUGACUACGUGGAGACUGAGGAGGAUGACCGACUUUCAUUCACCACCAACGCCGUCCAAGCAAAGACAUUGGUUUACAAAAAGGAAGAUCCAGAUAUUGUAAAGAUUAAAAGUGUUGAAAAGAAAACAAGUGAACAAAUUCAACAGGAAAAGAUUGAAGCAAUGUAUUUAGGUUAUUUGGAAAAGUUGAAAACAGUCGAUCUAGCAAGAAUUGCACAAUUGAAUUUCGUAUAUCAAUCGACAUCACCCGAUAACAAACCGAUCGUAGUUGUUAUUGGAUCGCAUUUGGAUCCAAAGAAAGAAGAUAUGGAGAGUGUUUUGCUCUACUUUAUAAGAAUUUUCGAAGCUAUUGGACCACGUGAGUUCUCUAUCAUGUAUUUCCACUCGAACAUGUCAUCGGUACCAUUACCGGAUAUCUCAUGGUUCAAAAAGUUAUUACAAAUUUCCGUUUUCAAAUAUUCAAAGUAUGUGUCAAAUCUACAUGUAAUUCAUCCAACAUUCUUUUUAAAGGCAACAUUCAAAGUAUUGAAACCUAUCUACGAUAUCGUAAAUACAAAGAUCACCUAUCAUGACAAUUUGAACCAAUUGAAACCAGUUAUCGGUAGAAUCAAUCUUCCAAAAUCAGUAUUCUCCUAUGAAAUCAAAAUUAACAACAUCGAUAACUUUUCAUUUGAAUCUAUUGAUGCUGCUUAA